UACACGUCAGUGGGAAAACCUGUACUGGUGAGUGGACGUGUACAGUGCGCGUCAGGCGGAUCCCGGAUGUGCAAAACAGAGACAUGGAACGGGUAGUGGUGGAAAUGCCGAUCAACGAUGGUUUCUCCCUGGCUGGUCCAUCCACCACCCCACGGAAGCGUCAGGUGCGUUUUUCAGCCCGGCACGACAUCAUCCUCCUGCGGGAGGUCAUCGCCCAGAACCCCUUUGCCUCCAAGGAAUCAGGACGCAUCUGGGCCCGCGUGGGAGAGAUAAUCACGGCAGCCCUCCAGGACGAAAACUUUGAGGUGGACGCCAGGAGGUGCAGGGAGAGGACGAUGCUGCUGCUGGACUACUACAAGAAACAAGACUACCCCAGCCUGCGCAGGUUUGGAACAGAAAGGCUGUAUGCCCAAAAGGAGGACCUGCUCCAUGAGGUUUUGGAGCUGGAGGCCGAGAAGGGUCUCCUGAGCAGCGGUGAGGGCACCAAGUACCAGGAUGAGGAACUAAGAAAACGAGCCAUGGAAGAACUAAAUCUACCCGAGCAGGACAAACCCAACGUCACCAUCACACAGACAGCGGCUGUGACUGCAGAGCCAGAGGAGGACCGUGAGGAGCUGGCUGAUCUCUCGACGGCGCCAACAGCCAAGCGGCCUUGCCAGUGCUGCUGCCAGACCUACUCUGAGAUCCUCAGCUUCCUGGAGAAACGCUCAGAGGCGGAGCAACGGCUGCGGGAGGAGGAGCUUGCCCUGCGGAGGGAGGAACUGGAAAUUCAGAGGAGUAAGAUCGCCCUGGAGAGGGAGCGUCUGGGAGCCGAGAGGAAAGAGAGAGAGAGGAGAUUUGAGCUUGAAAGCCAAGAGAGGCAGGUCAUCCUCGACCUGCUCAAAGAAAAGGUGUUGAAAGGCUGAGAGAAAGGAACUGCAUCAACUGGAAGUUAAUGGCAUUUUCACAGAGAUCAAAACAUUUAAAGAAGAAAGGAAAUAAGGCACUAAAUAGACCACUCAAAUGAGGAAGGAUCUGAGCGAGAGGAGGCCAAGGAAACAGGAAGUGAAGGGAUCAAUGGCUACAGGUACAUGCAGGGCGUCGGCCUGAUAAAAUCGAACAGAAUAUGGAGAAAGAGAUGACGAGUGAAUUUAGAUUGAAAAAGGAGACCACCAAUAAAAGAUUUGCAGUUGCCAGUAUGAGGCAGAACAGCUGACUGUGAUUUAAAGGUGACUAUGUUUGCCUGCACCAGCAACACCAACCUGAUUCCUUUAGAUCCUGAAAAGACACUCCCUUGUGUUUAUUUUCCCAUUUAUCAGCAGUGUUUAAAUGAUACAGAGCUGCAAUUACUGUGGUGUCUCCUCCUAUGAUGGAAUGUAGCGAAACCUAAAGUAGGUGUGGUGAUCCACUGAUCACAACGGGUGGGCAGGGAUCAUAAACAAGUGUUGCAUAAGCUCUGAAGUGUCUGGUUUAUCGUCAUGUGACACAAUCAGGAGUUCUUGUUUCCAGGCGAAGAGAAGUGGUUUGUUUGGGUUCCACGCUGACAAUGAAAAGCCAAGUCCCUAAACAUUACAAAAGUGUGGGGGAGGCAGGCCCAAGUAUUAAGCAUAUUACUUAAGAUCAGGCGUGCAUUUAGUCAACCAUUUCUUUCUCCACAUAAAGAGAUUUCGAAAUAUUAUUCAAGUUCUAGUCACUGUCAGUCAAAAUCUGUGUCUUGUUAAUGUGCUGAAAAAAUGGUGCCUUAUAGGCUUGAUAUGCACUUCUUUCUAUCUGAAAAUCCCCAAAUUAUAAACCAAUCUGAAUCUACCUGUGCAGUGUGCAAAAUGUAUAAAAUACUGACAAAUUUUAUGUCACUGAUGUUAUUUUGUAUUUCAAUACAAAUCACUGUUUUCAUCAAGUUUAAGUUGUUUUUUCCCCCCUGCAAAGGCCCUAACUUUGAUAUUAGACUAAAUACCCUGAUCAAAUUAUGCGUCAGUUUUCCAAGCUUGUGGUGCUGAAAUAUGACUUCCAGCUGAAGAUCGAAGAUACAUUUGUCGAGUUUUUCAUCUGGUAGCGCUGAGUGUUCGGCGUCUGACCACGCCUUAUAUGCAGACUGUAGUUAACUGCGUAUGAGGUUUACAUUCCAGAUGACAAAUUAGAGAUCCUCUCACUUCGAGUUAUGGUGCAAGCUCCUAAAAUAGUUGCUGGAUAAUAUAUGACUUUCCCAAAUGUAUUUGAAAAACAUUCCUCCAAAUGAGCCAAAAUAUAAUAUAACCAACUGAUGUAAUAAAUUACCGAAUAAUGUAAUAGAUUGCUACUUCAUAAGAGGUGUAACUUCCUAACUAAUGAUGCUAUUUUAAGUAAUGAUGUCAAA